GCAAAACCAGAUCUGGCUCUCCCGACAAGAAAUAGUUUACUUUUUCCAAAACAUAUAUAAUAUAACAUCAAUCUUUCAGAACAAAAUCCGCUGUAAAAUGUUCCCAUAUUUCAGUUUCAAGUUUCUUGCCCGAGUUCAGCUGCCAACACAUAUGGACCUCCAUUUUUGAAUGCAUUCUAAAAAGCUUUAAAGUUUUUGCUUUUCUCUCUUACCUCUUGCAUCGGUCCGAGGUUUCCGUCGAAGGUGAACAAAGGAAUUUUGGAGUUUGGGUGUAUAGAUUGGUCAACACACCUUGGGUUUUUGAAGAUAUAUUAAAUUAGAUUAUUUAUAUGGUUCUAAUCUUUGUGUGUAUCACGAUAUUGAGUAAUUAAAAUAAUAGUAGAAGCAUAGGUAUUCCUGGUUUUAAUUUAGAGUUUUAGAAGCUUUUUGUAUUAUUGGGAAAAAAGUAAUAAUAUUCAUGUACUCCAUUAAACAAAUGAGAGCUUUCUCCUGCAAGUAUUCUAGAUGAACUGGUGCUGGAUGACAACCAUGUUCAUUGUGUAAUGAUGCACCAAGACAUUGUCCCUAGAGCCUUCUCCUGCAAGUAUCCGAACCAUGUGGCGGUUGUCCUCAAGCGUUUGCCUGGUUCCCUCCGGUCUCACCCCUGUUUACUUAGAAAUAAACUUUUAUAUGCUCCACUUGGCAAACUAUUCAUUCUCCAACCAAGUGAAAAGUCAUCUCCUCCACACCCUCUAAUCCCACCGGGAAAUGCUCUUUAUGCUUUGGACAAAACACAUUUCGAAUACUUCAUGCAGGCGCUUAAGGCUUUCCUUAAUUGUCCACAUCCACUGGACACCCUCAGUGAUCUUACAGCAUAUGGCUCGGAAGGUACUAUUUUAAGAGACCAUAACUCUAGCAACUACUUGAAAGCAGUUAAUGGGGUCUUAAGGCUAUAAAAGAUGGCCAAUCAGUGUUCGAGGAUGGAUACAAGCUUAUUAUGGCCACUGCUUAAUUCACCAUCUCCUCACUCAUGGAGUCACGAUAAAAGUUUGGAGAACAUCCUUUUAUCAAAUAAAAAGAUAAUGAGCGGGGUGUGAAAACUCUCAACCGUUC